AUGGCUGACUUCACCGCUGCUGGAAAUGGCAUCAGCGGUGGCUACCAGGGAAAUUCCCUGGCCAUGCAGAUCACGAUCGCGACCCUGGCCGGCAUCACUUGGUAUAAUGCCUUCGAACUCAUGAUCCUCCUCUUCGUCACUUUCGCCGACUACCGCGGUCUUUAUUUUUGGAGUUUACUCAUUGCCUCGUCUGUCGGUCUACUUCCCUACUCGCUGGGCUUUUUGCUCAAGUUUUUCAACCUCACGGACAGUCAGCCAUGGCUGCCGGUAACUUUGCUCACGAUUGGCUGGUGGUGUAUGGUCACCGGUCAAUCCAUUGUUCUAUAUUCACGCCUGCACUUGGUGCUGUCGAACCAGCGCAUCCUGCGUCGUGUGCUGAUAAUGAUCUUUGUCAAUGCGAUCAUCCUCCACAUCCCAACCACCGUUCUCACCUACGGCACGAACCUCGCCUCGGGCCCCGCCCUCGACCCUUACAAAACGGGCUAUAGCAUAAUGGAAAAGAUUCAAAUGACAGGAUUCUGCCUGCAGGAAUUUAUCAUCUCUGGGCUGUACAUCUGGGAGACAGUGCGCAUGAUACGCCUAGACCCAGACAGGACCAAGCGCAAGAUCCAGUACCAGCUCCUGAUCAUCAAUUUAAUAAUCAUCAUCCUGGACAUCGGCCUGCUUGUCGCCGAAUACAUGAACUUCUACAUAAUGGAAACGAUGCUCAAAGGCGCCGUGUACAGCAUCAAGCUCAAGCUCGAGUUUGCCGUCCUCGGCAAGCUCAUCCAUCUGGUCCACAACCACGUCUGGAAACCCGAAUCCUUCUCCGCACCAACCGACUUCCCGGAUUUCGUCGACGCAACCCGCGUCACCUCAGACGUGACCCACGCUCCCCCACGGAGCCGGCGCGGCCCCUCAUGGAUGGACCCGGACGAUAUCUCCAUCGCCAUGUUCGAGCAUCUACCGCCAGAACAUCUGCGCACGAAUUCCGAUCUCUCUGGAUCAUGGAGCGGUGAAGGUCGCGCCUACCAUGUCGAUCACCUCCCUAUCGAUUUCAUGAACCCUUUCACAGGGUGUCAAUGCCGGACAAGGCGGCCUCCCAGGCCCGGGAAACCGGGAUGA